AUGGCCGGUGAAAGCUCCAAGGGCAAGGCGCCUGCUGCGCUCGAUCUCGACGGCCACGACUUGCCGCCCUCACCUGCACCGAGCACACCCCGCAAUGGCCGGAAAUAUGCGCUGGCAACGGAGCUGGUGUACCUCGAGAGCAACGACCAGUACAAUGCCAGCUCCGUGCCGAUUUACCAGUCGGCUACUUUCAAGCAGGAAUCUGCAGGAGGCAGCGGAGAGUACGUAAAGUCCAUAUAUGAUUACACACGCUCUGGCAACCCAACGCGAACACACCUCGAACGGACACCAACCAACCCGUUGAUCAAAAUCUGCGACAUUCCCUCCAUUGCCAAAAUUGCCCACGAUGCAAACCCCGCGGCUAUCGUCGCCGUCGACAACACCAUGAUGUCGCCCAUGCUGCUCAACCCGCUCGAUCUCGGCGCCGACGUCGUCUACGAGUCGGGAACAAAGUACCUGUCUGGCCACCACGACCUCAUGGCCGGAGUCAUUGCCAUCAACAACUCCGCUCUAGGCGACCGCCUCUACUUCACAAUCAACGCAUCGGGAUGCGGCCUCUCGCCCUUUGAUUCGUGGCUGCUGCUCCGCGGCAUCAAGACGCUUGGCGUGCGCAUGGAGAAACAACAGGACAACGCCAUGCGCAUCGCCGAGUUUCUGGAGUCACACGGCUUCAAGGUGCGCUACCCGGGGCUCAAGUCCCACCCGCAGUACGCCUUGCACUGGAGCAUGGCGCGCGGCGCGGGCGCCGUCUUGUCGUUUGAAACCGGCGACGUCCUGGUCAGCGAGCGCAUCGUCGAGAGCGCGAAGCUCUGGGCGAUCAGCGUCAGCUUCGGCUGCGUGAACAGCUUGAUCAGCAUGCCGUGCCGCAUGAGCCACGCCAGUAUCGACGAGAAAACGCGCAAGGAGCGCAACAUGCCUGAAGACAUUGUCAGGCUGUGCGUGGGCAUCGAAGACCCGGAGGAUUUGAUUGACGAUCUGAGCCGUGCUCUUGUACAAGCCGGUGCGGUCAGCAUCUCUCCUGAUGGCUUCCGUGCUGUAGGCGCCGACACCGCGGUUACUUCUGCUGAGUAG